AUGGCCUUUUUGUUUAAGUCGAAAAAGGCCGGCAAUGGACUCCCUCCGGCAGCGAGAAAUGUGCACACCUCGGAGGGCGCCCCGGCGUCAGGACCACCAGCCGCAAAGGAGCCAACAUCACAGACACCAACUCCGAGUGGCAGCUUCAGCCACUCGUUGAAUACAGCCAGUCCCACGAGUCCGGACGCCGUGCGACCUCGGCCGCGAGCUGAGUCUGAGUCCCAGAUGCAACGACCUCAGGGACCUCCCAAUGGCAUCCCACCACCGAGCCCGAAUUCAUCCCUGUACCCGUGGUCCCAGCGCCGUCUGAAUUUCGCAUCCCCGGAAACCAACCCAUUCCCUCGCUAUGGGGCGGCAAUCAAUUCAGUGGCCUCGAAGGAGGGGGAUAUCUACAUGAUGGGUGGUCUGAUUGACGGGUCGACUGUGAAGGGCGAUUUAUGGAUGAUUGAGAGCAGCGGGGGUGGUCUGAAUUGCGUACAGGUCGCAACGGUGUCUGAGGGCCCAGGUCCACGAGUCGGCCACGCCAGUUUACUUGUCGGGAACGCGUUCAUCGUGUUCGGCGGUGACACCAAAAUUGAUGAGAACGACACUCUGGACGACACUCUUUAUCUGCUGAAUACAUCCUCGCGCCAAUGGUCUCGCGCCAUUCCUCCCGGUUCUCGACCCUCAGGACGAUACGGCCACACGUUGAAUAUUCUCGGUUCUAAAUUAUAUGUCUUUGGAGGACAGGUUGAAGGUUUCUUUUUCAACGAUCUGAUCGCAUUUGACCUGAACCAACUUCAACUUGCUUCGAACAAGUGGGAAGUUCUGAUCGCAAACACCCAUGAGGGAGGGCCCCCGCUGGGCCAAAGCCCCCCGCCGAGAACAAACCAUACCAUUGUGAGCUUCAACGACAAGCUCUUCUUGUUCGGUGGUACGAAUGGAGUUCAAUGGUUCAAUGAUGUCUGGUGCUACGACCACGUGUCGAAUAGCUGGUCAGAAGUUGACUGCGUUGGAUUUAUUCCCACUCCCAGAGAGGGCCAUGCGGCUGCUCUGGUCAACGACGUGAUGUACGUGUUUGGAGGUCGAACCGACGAAGGUGUCGAUCUCGGUGAUCUUUCAGCCUUCCGAAUCUCGACCCGACGAUGGUAUUCAUUCCAGAACAUGGGGCCAGCCCCUUCGCCCCGAUCUGGUCACAGCAUGACUGCGUUUGGAAAGCAGAUCAUCGUCAUGGCAGGUGAACCCAGCUCCGCCCCACGGGAUCCCACAGAACUCAGCAUGUCCUACAUUCUUGAUACGAGCAAAAUUCGCUACCCAAAUGAUUCUCAAUCUGGGACACGCGUUCCUGAUGCGGGGGGCCGAAAAACGAGUGUCGACAAACAAGGGCCUCCAUCGGGACGCACAUCCCGUGAGGCGCACAAUGUAGGCCACGACCAACAAAUGCGACGAGGCCCAUCGCGUGAGAGCCUGUCCCAAGCUGCGGGUGGCGGAAGGCCCGGGGAGUUUGGCUCUAACCCUAACCUGGGACCAGGUUCUAGGCUUCCCCGAGCCUCAAUCGCUCAAGCCCCGGCUGGGCCGCCACCUCCUGGACAAGCACCUUCUCCAGGCCCCCGGGCCAGUGGUCCCCAGCCCGGUCCCCAUCCCGGUCCCCACCCCGGAGGCAACCCUCGCAGCAAAACUCCAACCAAAAACGAGCGCGGAACUACCCCUACCGUUGAUGUUCGCGUGGCCAAUGGGGAACAUCGCCCCGAGUCACCAGUUGCCAAGGAAGGUCCGCAAGACUCCCAGGGUCCCUCGUCUGCUGGUCGACGCACACCUACCCAACCCCAGAAACCAUCGGCCAAGGCAAUGGAGGCCGGUGAAGCUGCGCCAUUGAUCAGCACUCCGGGACGACAACGUUCGCUUCGUUCUCAGCGGCAGCGCGGGUCCAUGGAUAGCACCGAAGAGUCCGUUUUGGGUCGACAAACCAGCGUCGAGGGCUCAGUUGACUCACGAAACUACCGCAACUCCAGAACUCUCGGGGACGAACCUCGUUCUCCUCGCCUAACGCCCCAUCAAGAAGCCUUGAUUAAGGAGCUAGAGGCUACCAAGGCACGAAAUGCAUGGUACGCCUCAGAACUUGCUCUUGCAAAGAAGGGAGGUUACGUUCCCAAUUCAACAAGCAGCCCUGCUCUGGAUGACAGAGCCAGUGACUCAUUGACCGAUGAGGACCGUCCCUUGUUGGAAGCAUUUUUAGCUAUGCGAGCAGACCUCAAUAAGAUGCAGGCUACUGUGGACCGACAGGCGGCUAUCGCAUCUAAGCGGGUCGCGGAGGUGGAGCACCAGCGUGAUAUGGCUCUGAAUGAGGCGGCAUACUCUCGUGCCAAGCUUGCUGCUCACGGCGGCAGUCAACGUGGAACUCCCCAGCCUGAUGCCCCUCGUAACCUCGACGACGAUUCCGCCGAACGCCCUACUGACAUGGGCCGUCGCCUUGCUCUUGCUUUGUCCUCACAAUCUGAAUUGAAAGCCAAGCUAGAAACCCAGAUGACAGAACUUCUACAAGAGCGUCGGGCAAAAGAACUCGCUGAAGAUACUAAUGAGGCCACCCGCAAACAUCUGGCAGAGCUGGAAAUGCAGAACAACACCAUGGAGGCGGAGAAUUUGCGUGCUGAGCUCCAUGAAGCGCAGGCAGCUGCUAGGGAGGAGGCCCUCCUGCGCGCUGAAGCUGACGCCGCACUUAAGCAACUGACCCUGGACAAGGAGGAGUUGUUGGCCCAGAUCGAAGACUCUUCAGCUCGUCUAAAGGAAUAUGGUACCAACUUUGGUGGUUUACGGGAAGCCGUGGCUGCCUCGGCCGCGAAAACAGCUCUUGUUGAAAAGCAGUUCUUUGAGGAACGGGAACGCCGCGAGGGACUCGAGAAGAAGCUGCUGCAGCUUCGUUCGACUUAUGAAGAACGGAGCGCAGAGGUCGAGAACUUGACCCGUCGUCUGCACGAUACUGAGGAGCUGGCAGAAAGCCACGCCAAGGAAGCCGAAACCCACAAAUUGGCUUUCGUGGCCGGGCUGGGCCGUGCUGCUUCUACAGAUCUGGACAACUCUAUCAGAUCUCGUGCGGAUCAGAGGGUUGCCGCAUUGGAGGCUCAAAUCGAGAGAUCCGCGACUCUUGCUAAAGCCAACCAGGCCGCCGCUAACUCGGCUGCCGACAAGCUCCGACGCGCGGAGGAGCGCAUUGCCGGUCUUGAGGCAUACCAAGAGCAGGCCAGCCGCGAGGGCUUGCAGCUGCGGAGACAGCUCCAGAACGCUAUGAAGGAGAGUCAGUCCUCGGCCACCGAGAGUCGUGAUCUGAAGAGUCAACUCGAAUCCCACCAGAGAGAGGCGGGGGCUCUUGCUAUUCAGCACGCUGCUCUCAAGGACCUGUUGGGCGAGCGCGGUGCGAACAGCGAUAACAGACGGUCUCCGCGCCUUGACUCGCCUGGUUCCCGCUUCGGAACCCCCGAACAGGGCCGAUUGCGAGAACUUGAGCAGCAACUGUCGGCGAGCAUCAAGGCCCACGAUGACCUGAAGAACAGCUUCGAGUCUCGCGAGCAAGAAGCCGAUAAGACCUUCAAGGAGAAGCUUGAACAACUCGAGAAUGACUACCAAUCAGCCGUCCACUACGUGAAGGGCACUGAGAAGAUGCUCAAGCGCAUGAAGGACGAGUUGAGUCGUUACAAGGCUCAGAAUGCCAAGAUGCAAACUGACCUUGAGGCUGCCCAUAAGUCCCUGGAGAACUCUGACAGCCAGACAUCCGGAUCCUCAAGCGAUAGGGAGGCAGAACGCGCCCAGUUUGAGCAGACAAUUUCGGAGCUCCAGCAGCGGACCUCGUCUUCCAUUGCCAACCUCGAAGCCCAGCUCACGCAGAUGAAGGGGGAACUCGAUCAAGCUGCAACUGAGAAAAAGCUCUCUCAGGCUGAGCACGAACGUCUCAAGCAGGAAAUUUCUGAAGCCGCCGAGCGGAGUCGCGCCGAAUUGGAGCAGCUCAAGCAAGAGAACAAUCACCUCGAGACCCGUGCCUCGGACGCCGAGCACAAGGUCAACAUGCUCCUGGAACAAGUACAGACCUCCGUCGGUCAUUACCGUCGCCAAUCGCAGCACGGCCCUGGCUUCAAUGGCAUCACUCGCAGCCACAGCAAUGCGUCCAGCACCACAGUCGGCGGAGGACAAGGCCGGCCCCGAGCGGACAGCAACAUCUCCCAGGAUUCCACUUUCCCCGACAACCGAGGCUCUAUGGCAUUGGACUCCCUUGCCAACGAGCUUGAAACCCUGCGUUCCCAUUGGGAAAGCACGAACCGAAACUACCGCUUGAGCAGCCAGCUGGAUCUGGAGCGAACCCCCACCAAGAAUGACAGUGACGGACCUGCUAUGAUGAGCGACAGUUUGGCGGAGUGGCGACGGAGACUCGACGAGGAUGAGCGGGCUGGUAUUCCUGCCAAGGGCACACCGUUGAGUGCUGGCUCAGGUCACCCCGACGGCUCCAACGUGAUCUAG